GAAAGGGUUAAAUGGGACAAGAUUUUAGACAUUGGGACUAAAGUGGACCUUAAAAACAAACAUUCCCCAAAAACCCAAGCAAACACACACCAAAGCAAAAGAACACUCUCAGAAGCAAAAGUAGUAUUAGCUCUGAAAAAAUGGGACUGAAGGUAGUUGGGCUUAAUAUUUCAAGAUUUCAAAGUUCUUGGACAUGGAGAUAUGUGUUGUCAAGAUCACACUCUACCAACAAAACGACACCGUUUAAUAGCAGUUACCCCAGUUGGGGUGAUCUUAAAAAACGAAUUUUGAAGGUUCAGAAUUGGGUGGAUGAAGGCCGUACAGUUUCUAUAAACGAGCUCAGGGCCAUUAUCAGGCAGCUCAUUAAACGACGUCGUUUUGGGCCUGCUCUGGAGAUACUUAACUGGAUGGAAACUCAACAUAGUUCUCAGAUGUCACCUUAUGAUUAUGCCCGGAGACAGGAAUUAACUGUUAAAGAACACAGUAGAAUAGAAGCUGAAAGAUAUUUUGAGAGUUUAACAAGCACUGUUUCACUGAAAGCUGCUUCCCUCCCUCUUCUUCGUUGUUAUGUUGAAGAAAGGUCCACUGAGAAGGCUGAAGCUUUCAUGCUAAAGAUGAACAAGUUGGGACUUGCUCUGAGCCCUCAUCCGUUUAAUGAGAUGAUGAAGCUUUAUAAGGCCACAUCUCAGUACCAGAAAGUACCAUCAGUCAUUCUGCAAAUGAAACAAAACCGAAUAACCUUAAAUGUCCUCUCCUAUAAUCUCUGGAUGGACGCAUGUGGGGAGCUCGCUGGGGUUGAAUCAGCAGAGAUGAUAUACAAAGAGAUGCUGAGUGACCAAAAUGUAGAAGUGGGAUGGAGCUCUUUAUCUACAUUAGCGAAUAUUUAUAAAAAUGCAGGACUGACAGACAAGGCAAUUUUCGCCCUAAAAACUGCUGAAAAGAAAAUAUCUAACAGUAGUCACUAUCCUUACUUCUUUCUCAUUACGCAGUAUGCUUCUUUGAAUAACAAAGUUGGAGUACUUCGGGUAUGGGAAGCUUCUAAAGCAGUAAACUCCACUAUAACUUGUGCCAAUUACAUGUGUAUCUUGUCGUCUUUGGUCAAGCUUGGUGACAUGAGAGAAGCCGAGAGAAUUUUUGCGGAAUGGGAGUCUCAAUGCAGGACAUAUGACAUUAGGGUCUCCAACAUACUUCUCGGUGGAUACAUGAGAAAUGGAUCUGUGGAAAAAGCUGAAUCAUUACAUUUCCGCACAUUGGAGAAAGGUGGUUGUCCCAAUUCUAAAACCUGGGAGAUACUGAUGGAGGGCUGGAUAAGAAGUCAACAAAUGGAUAAAGCUAUUGAUGCCUUGAAAAGUGGUCUUGCUGCUCUAAAACAUUAUGAAUGGAGGCCAUCACCAAGUAUUGCUGUUGCAAUUUCAGAAUAUUUUGAAGAAACUAGAAAUUUUGAGAAGGCUAUGGAGUUUCUUAAAACUCUAAGACAUUUUGGUAUUGCUAAUUUGCAAGUGUACAAGUCAUUGCUUAGAAUGCAAACGUCAAGAGAAGAAAGUCUGCUGUACAUCCUUGAAAUGAUGCAGAAGGAUGGAAUUGACGUGGAUGAUGAGACCUCUGCCAUCUAUUCAGGCAUUUUACAUUGUGAGAACUGAAAACUAAUAUUGGUACUUUAAUUGUUCUUAAAAGGUCGACUUUUCGACCUGGGCAAAAGAUAGGUCAGUACAUCGAGCAUGUUGCCUUGUAAGAGAACUUGCCCUUUUUUUUUUUCUUCGGUUUGUCACUUGGUGCUAGCUCUGAGGCUGCGGCUUAAAAUAUGGAGAGCACAGGGGAUGUGAAUGUGAUAGAUUGAGACUGCAUCCUGCAGCAGUUGAGAUGAUUUGGAUCAGUUACCUGGUUUGGAGUGGGAUAAUAUACUGGUUCUUUGAAUUGCAACAUCUCUACGUAUGUGUAUCAAACUUGCUUUCUCUCUGGCUCUUUUAUUGAUUAUAUUCAAAUAUAUGUAUGGCAGUAGUAUGGGUGAUUUUGAACAAAUAGCUGUAUGAUCAUUUAUGGAUGUGAGCUGAAUGUCAAUUUUAAUGUGUAUAGUCUUACUAAUUGAUGAGGGUUACUUCCUCGUUAAUGGUCGAUGAAAUUAUAGUUCAAGGUCUCGGGUCCUUUGUAGCUAAUUAUGAUCAAUGUAUCAGUGCUGGGUUUCUUUUAACUUUCACAGUCCUUUUUCCACCUCGCUUUGAACUAAAACGAAAUUUGCUUUUACUUGCAGAAAGUUCGAAGGAACUCAAAUGCUGCGUGCAGUGCUCCUUGACAAUUUGACUAGUUGAAGUUUCUUUAAUUUUACAGAAGAUGACUAUGAUAUCAUGAUCCUAGACGCUUAUGCUCUUAUUUCCCUACAGAUUGUAUUUGAUAGGCAAAUCUUACAUGUCAUACAAACUCAUGGAAAAGAUUACAUGUCAUAUAAUCAUACAAGUAAAAUCUUCCUCCAUGAGAACAGAUUUUAGAUUUCAAGGUGAUGCUGAAGCAACCAACAUCUUGUAAAAUCCUUUGUUAUGCUCUAACAAUUUGUCCUUGGGUGGUGUACACUCUUUCAGAAUGGGAGCAGCUUCAAGGACAUUCUGAAACCAUGAAACAAGUGAAGGCAUUUCCUCUGCAUCAAUAAGUUUGAUAUCCACAAUCUCCUCAACAAUCUGAGCCCAGCAAAUGAUCCAAGCACAUGCAACAUCCAUGAAGCCUAUUUU